AUUCUCUUUACAUUUCCGUCUUUUUAGGGUUCUCACCAAUUUUCACACUCUCAAAACACACACACACACACUUACAUACACAUAACAUACAUACAUACAUACACAAAAUGACGGAAAAUAACGCCGCCGUCACUGAUUCGCCGAUGAAAAAACUUAAAGAAGGAGAGAACGGCGCCGCCGCCGCCACCAAUGGCAGUGGUAGCAUAUCCUCUGUUAUUCCUGGCUGGUUUUCAGAAAUUAGCCCAAUGUGGCCUGGAGAAGCACACUCUUUGAAGGUUGAAAAGAUACUGUUUCAAGGCAAGUCCGAUUACCAAGAUGUUAUGGUUUUUCAGUCCGCAACAUAUGGGAAAGUUCUUGUACUGGAUGGUGUAAUUCAACUUACAGAGAGAGAUGAAUGUGCCUAUCAAGAAAUGAUUACUCAUCUUCCACUAUGUUCGAUCCCAAACCCCAAGAAGGUUCUGGUUAUUGGAGGAGGAGAUGGUGGUGUCCUGCGAGAAGUUGCUCGCCAUUCUUCAGUUGAGCAUAUUGAUAUAUGUGAAAUCGAUAAGAUGGUGGUCGAUGUUUCUAAAGAAUACUUUCCCGAUGUAGCCGUUGGAUAUGAAGAUCCCCGUGUCACACUUCAUGUUGGUGAUGGAGUUGCAUUUUUAAAGGCUGCCCAAGAAGGAAGUUAUGAUGCUGUUAUAGUUGAUUCUUCAGAUCCCAUAGGUCCUGCACAAGAACUUUUUGAGAAGCCCUUUUUUGAGUCUGUUGCGAAAGCACUUCGUCCAGGUGGGGUGAUGUGUACUCAGGCUGAGAGCAUAUGGCUGCACAUGCAUAUUAUUGAAGAUAUUGUUGUAAAUUGCCGCCAAAUUUUUAAAGGCUCUGUCAACUAUGCAUGGACCACAGUUCCUACAUAUCCAAGUGGGGUUAUUGGCUUCAUGCUAUGUUCAACCGAGGGACCGGAAGUUGAUUUUAAGAACCCAGUCAACUCGAUAGAUUCAAAGGACGGCCAAAGCAAGUCACCCUUGAAGUUCUAUAACCAAGAGAUCCAUGCAGCUGCUUUCUGUUUGCCUUCAUUUGCCAAGAAAGUGAUUGAAGCCAAAGCGGAAAACUGAAAUAUAAAAAGAUACAGCUAGCGAGUGAAAGCAGAAUAGCUGAUGUAAAGUUUCGCGGCUUCCAGUUGUUGAUUGGAGAUGGUUCGAACAUCUUCAAGAUCGAUCAGAAUCAGAAUAAUUUGAAGGUUUUUGUUUCGAUCACUAUGCUACUGUAUCAGGUCGUAUUCAAUAUUCCAGAUUAUGGGAUGCAUAACAGUAUCCCCUUAUAUUCGUGCACAAUUUGUUUCCUUCCAUAGAUUUUAUGGGUGAAAUUUCAAUGUUAACCCAAUUUGUUGGGCUUCCAUUCUUCUUUAA